AUGGCUGCCUUAGAGCUCUUCUUCUCAUUCUUACUCUUGAUGAUCUUCUUCUUCAUCAUUCCAACACGGGCUUCCUGCCCUCUCUCAAGCUGCCCGAACGGACCGACAGUCCGCUUCCCUUUCCGGCUUCAGAGCCUCCAACUCCGGCGUUGUGGGUAUGCAGGGUUUGACCUCUCGUGCAACAACCAAACCCUUCAAACCACACUCUCUCUCUCAAACUCUAAUGGCAAUAACUUCGUAGUCCGAGCCAUAGAAUACGAUCUCCAAGCACUUAUUGUCAGCGACCCCGAUCAGUGCCUCCCCAAACGCUUCCUAGACGGCAGCUUCGACAACCUCCUCAACACGAGGCCGUUCCGCAUCCAUAGUUUCCAAAUGUACACGUUCCUCAACUGCUCGCCUCAGGAGACGUCGUUUUUAGCCUCGGCCAGGAAUAUUUCCUGCCUCAGCGGUGAGAAUCACACGGUCUUUGCUAUGCCGUCGGGAGAGUACGAUAAUUGGCUUCAGUCUACGGCUCCGUCACCGUCGCCGUCACCAUCGUCAUCAGGACUUUGGUGCGAGGUGAUUUCGACUGUUCGGGUUCCGGCGAGAGCUGCGAAUGAAUUGGCUGUAUUUGGAGAUGCCAUAGAAGGUGUUGCGUUGACUUGGUCAACGCCUGAUUGUAGAGUUUGUGAAACCAGUGGGAGAUAUUGUGGGUUAAACAGAGAUAAUCAGAUUGUCUGCUCUGAUCCUAAGGCUAAAAGAAAAGGUCUUCCAAGAAGUGCAAAGUACGGCAUAAUCAUAGGCGUGGGAAUACCCGGGUUCUUAUGCAUCCUUGGACUAGCAAGUUAUGUCUGCGGCAGAAUAAAUGCUUAUGGUCGCCGCAACCAGCCAGACAUGGACCUAUUUACCUCUGCUUUUCAGCAGCCCGCUAUUGUCGUAGUGGGCCUCGACGGUCCAACUAUCGAAUCGUACCCGAAAACUUUGCUAGGGGAGAGCCGGAGGUUGCCCAAGCCCAACGACACCACUUGCUCCAUAUGUUUGGGUGAGUACCAACCCAAGGAAGAACUGAGGACUAUACCAGAGUGCAACCAUUACUUCCAUGCUAGUUGUGUAGACGAGUGGCUCAAAAUGAAUGCAACGUGCCCCGUUUGCCGGAAGUCACCGGAGGGCUCAGCUCUUGUAACCCCUUCGUCUUCAAUGUCUUCAUCUUCAACUUCUUUACCAUCGCCAUAG